AGGCUGUUGGCGCUAGCUUGAGAUGGCUCGGCUUCUUCACCACAUGUCCCUCGUCGCUCCGGCCAUCAUCUCCCUCCUGCUGCUGCUGCUGCUGCUGCUUGCAGCUGCUCUCGCCGCAGCUGCUGCCGCAGGGGAUACGCUGGAGAAGAAGGUCGGCAUGAGAUUUCGGCGCGCGAACAAGGAGGAGGCGCAGUGGCUGGACCGCUACGCGGAGACACACGAGCCGCUGGGUGCCGGCCCGCUCAGGAUGGUUCGUGCCACACCGGAGCAGGAGCACUGGCUGAACCGCUUCAGCGACGUCGCCACCACGGAUGACGGCGAGGAUGGCGCCGGCGGCAGCGGCGACAACAUCGAUUUCGACGAUGACAAUCCUUACGUUCAGGCCUUGCGAGACUGGGUCAAGCGCUUGAUCAAGCAGAGUUUGGAGAAAGGAGGUCAGACGGAGAAUCCGUUCCAGGAUCUUUAGGGAUGGAUGGAGGCCAUGGCCAUCAAUCAACUCCGGAUGGUAUAUGGAGAAGAUAAGAGAAGUGCUUUGGCUGGUGUUAUUUGUCUGUUCACUUUAUGAUCAGCUAGUAGUUGUGUGUUCUGUUCUUUAAUAACGUGUAUCUCUUUCCUGUUGUUGAAUAAAAAUGACUUUCUAGAAAUAAUAGUAUAUUUCUGCAA